UCUCGUCCCCCCGUUCGCUAUCAGUUUACCAUAUUUCCUGCAAGUGGUAGCUGGAGGAAAGUGCUGCUGGAGAGGUCCGAGCAUUCUUCUGGUUAUUUUGGCGUCUUUUAAGCAACUAUAGUUCUCUGUUGAGCAGUAGAAAUGUCUACACCUGCUGCCUCACCUGUGUGUGACGCGAGUAUACAGCGAGCUAAUUUGAAAAGCUACUGUACCAUACUUGCUAGCUAACUCGGCUAGCUUGCUAGCUUAGCAGCUAUACCUGCUUAGCCGCCGGCAGCAUUGGAGUCUGUGUCUUACUCUCUACGACUGGGUUUGUCGACAUGGCACAAAGGAAGGAAGUGUUUCAAUCAAAAGUACUCAAGAAGCUUUACCCUGCACCCCCUAAACUGGAGAAGCAAUGCAGCCCUCCACGCGUUGUAGAGGCUCUGGCCACAAAAACCCAUGUGAAAAGAAAAGUUACUGGAGAGGACGCAGCGUUUGGAGAUGCAGGGAAGCCACAGAAUGCAGCCGUUGCAGGCAGGCGGAUGUACACAGUUCUGCCUCCUCCUGCAGACUACAAUAUACAUUCAGAGGAAUCCGUCACACUUCCCCAGCUCGAAAGCAUAAAUAGCACAGAGGACCCAGCUGAGGAGAGCGUCCACGAGGGCAGUGGAGAACCGGAUGAAGAAAAACAGAAGAGGAGGAGGAGAAGGAAGAAGAAGCUUCGUCAAGAGUCUGCGAAAGAUGGUCCAGUGGGUGAAUCCAGCACAGGUCAGAGCCCGACGCUCGGGGACCAGGCAGGGGAGAACAUUAGCAAGAACAAGAAGAGAAAGCUGAAGAAGAAACGGCACAAAGAGAAGCUGCUCUCCAUGGGUCUGAUGCCACGGGCCGCCGCGCUGGAGUUCACGUACCGAAAAGACGAGGGGGAGGAGGAUGUGGAGAGCAAAGCCGCUGAGGUGUCGGACUUCCUGAGGACCACGAUGGAAAUCUAUACGUCAGAUUCCUCGGUACACGUCGCCAAGGUCCCUCACCUGUCUGCUACAGUGGACGACCUUCUGGGCAGCGUAGCCGGCGGAUGCAAGUCUUCCUCUGUCCUGAAUCAGCUGUACAGGCUCAAGGCCUUUGUUCAGCAGAAUGACACGGACCAAUUAGAGAAGGCACUGAAAGAGCUCAACAACAACAACAACAACCCCUCGAUGUCUGCAGAGGAAACAGCUGCAGUCGUUUCUCUGUUCCAAUACUGGAUCACAGACAUUCUUCCCAUGCAGGGAGACAAGACGACAAGGCUUUCUACAGCACACCCAUGAGACUGUCAGUCACACAGAAAGGAAGACGCCACCGAAGGAUUCCUCUAGUUUUUGGAAAUUCUCUUCUCUUUGCUGCAUUUGAAAAUGUUGGACUUCUUAACAUGUAAAAUAUCCAUCCAUCCAUUAUCUAUACACCGCUUAAUCCUCAGUAGGGUCGCGGGGGGGCUGGAGUCUAUCCCAGACAUGUAAAAUAUAUUUUUUAUAAUUAAACAUUUGGUGUCUGUCCAGUC